CGAGAGCUUAACAAAAACAAAAUAGUUCAUUUCUCUGCAGGAUUUUAUAAAUUGCAACACAAUGGGGGGCAACAAAGUGAGUAAAAUGGAAAAAGUCUACAAUCUAAAGGACAAAACCCUAAAAUUUGUGGAUCGAGAGGACGAAUUAGACUUUUUCUAUGAAGGUUUUGAUUCUCCCAGAGCAGAGAUGUCCUGUGGUCACGCUGUGACUCCCAUGUCUCUCACAAACUGGUGCCGCCGGCUGUUGGAUGAGGGGAAGAACAGGUUUGUUUGUGGCAUGACUGACUGUAAUAAGGAGUGGUCUUAUGAGGAGGUCUGUAAAAUGGCUCUGCUGACUCCUGAGGAGAAGGAGUACUUUAAAAAAACAAUGAAAAUCAUCGCUGGCAGAGAACGCAAGAAAAAUACUAAAUUAUGUCCUAGAUGCAAAGUUCCAGUGGUGAGGAACGAUGAGUCUAACUUGAGAGUGCGUUGCCAGGUUUGCUCAAAAAAGAAAAAGGACUUUGAUUUCUGCUGGCAGUGUCUGAAAGAGUGGAAGGGUCCACACCCACGCUCAGACCGCUGUGAGAAUGACGGCUGCUACAGUGAAGCUCUGAGAACUUUGAGGAACUGCCCAAAUAUCAUCUUUGAAUCGGUCAUAAAAGUUAGAGGAUGUCCUUCCAUCAGAGCCUGUCCCACCUGUGGAUCUCUGGUGCAGCACAGUUCACAAUACUGCAAAAGCAUCGUGUGUCCUCGAUGUAAGGUCAAGUUUUGCUUUGUGUGUCUAAAAAUCAUGACUGAAUGCACAGAAACAAGCGAUCCGUAUGAACCCUGCUCCAGUGGAGUCGCCCCCAGACAGACCUCCAUCCCUGUGUGGCAUCAACAGUGACUUACUGACAUGUCAGGUGUGCAAAAGUGUUCAGAAAAGGUUAUUUUAAAGGCACGUGUGUGGCCAUAGCUGAUAAAAAUCUUUUACUUUUAAGUGUAUAUGCUCUUAAAACACACUUUUUAGUUUGGCUUUCAAUUAAAAUGAUCUAUUUGAGUGUUUUUUUUGUAUUUAUUAAUAGUUUUAUGUCUUAUCUGUUAUGUGUUUUUACAAAUUUUAUGCUUUGUUCAGCACUUUGGUGAACCUUGUAUUUGUGUAUAAAUACACUUAAUGAGUUGAACUUUUA